AGAAGAGGACAAACCGGCGGAGGGAUACACAUUUAUGCAUCGCACGUCAAAACCAGGCAAUUCUGCAACAUCGGGACACUGUCUCCACAGAUUACUUGAAUUGCAUAUAUCUUAUCAAAGUUUAAGUUACACUUCACUGUUGAAGUUAAGAAAGUAACACCUGGGUAAAGUUAAUAGAACAUCUUCCGUUCGGCGUUUUAUCAUCUUUGUGGAGAUCAACGAUGGCUGAUCAGCUGACUGAGGAGCAGAUUGCAGAGUUCAAGGAGGCAUUCUCGCUGUUCGACAAAGAUGGUGAUGGCACGAUCACCACCAAGGAGCUCGGGACUGUGAUGCGCUCUCUGGGACAGAACCCCACUGAGGCCGAGCUGCAGGACAUGAUCAAUGAGGUGGAUGCUGAUGGUAACGGAACCAUUGACUUCCCUGAGUUUCUGACCAUGAUGGCCAGGAAGAUGAAAGAUACAGACAGUGAGGAGGAGAUCCGAGAAGCCUUCAGAGUCUUUGACAAGGACGGUAACGGCUACAUCAGUGCAGCAGAGCUACGGCACGUCAUGACCAAUUUAGGCGAGAAGCUCACUGAUGAAGAGGUGGACGAAAUGAUCCGCGAGGCCGACAUCGAUGGUGACGGCCAAGUCAACUACGAGGAGUUUGUCCAGAUGAUGACCGCCAAAUGAAGAGAACAAUGAAGUUUCUCUCAGCGUUGCUUGUCCUCCUGAGAUCAAUGUCUUUAAGAACCAAAAAAAGGAACAAUUAUCAAACGAUGAACCAAACCCCCCUUUUGACAAAAAAAGUCCCUUCUGUAAAACUUUCCAAUUUGUGCUUCAGUACAGCCAACUACUUCUUAAGGUAUCUGUUUACUCAACACCAACAGAAUAAUCCCUACAGAAGUUAAUGGACCAAGCUUUUAAAGGGCCGAAGCCCCCCGUACUUCAGACCUAGAUUCUGCUGAGUCACCCAGCUCCUGAUAAAUUUAUAGGAAAGAGCAACACUGAAAAGGCAGCGGGAUGGGAACCCAUGCCACAGUUCUUACACAGAAGUUAGCUCAUUUAAAUCUUUCCAACAUUCAACAUAGAAAACUGGCUCACUUGCACCAGUGCUGAGUCUUUACAUACUGAAUUGAGUACUCUUCUUGCAUGCACCCUUUCUGUGGCGGUCUCUUGUCACAACAAGGAGGCUCUGAUCCUGUCAGAGGUAGUGGUCAGAUUGUGUACACACUGGAGGUAUAUACAUUACUAUAUAGCUAUAUAUCUGUAAAAUUUGUGUCACUAUUGAUUAUUGCAAGAGCAAAUAGUUGCGGUGUAGGGUGUUCAUUGAUGCUCGGUUGGAGUUGAGCAUCGAAGAGUUUGGACAAGAACGACGGACUGAAUAUAGCUGAUGGUUUUUCCCUCUCGAGGGUGUUAGGUUGUCUUGUUGGGGGGUGGGCUUUAUGUUGCCCACAGCACUGAGUGGAGAAGGCAGUAUGUUGUUUUGCUUCAGGGUGAUGGUUAUGCAAACACACUUGAGGACUGCAGUUGAUACCUUUUUGUUCUUCAAACAGAUAUCCUGAUGAUACUAUAUUGAUGUAAUGCUUUAUAAAUGUGUUCUCAAAAAUAUUAAUGUAUUGAUGACAAACUUUGGUCACAAAAAUAUAUCUAUAUAUAAGUGUGUCGUAAAGUUUGCAUUGCCUAUCGUUGUAGUAAAUGACCUGUGACAUGUUUUCUCUUUGGUUUUGAAAUGUGCCAUAAUACUCUUGAACGCCUCAACCCUCCUGCAAGACUCGUAGUUCAUUAGAAAAUAAUAAACCUACUAAAUAUAAUAUAAAAAUACAUGCAGUUGAACAUAUUUGCACUUUGGUAUAAACCACGUGGCUAUUUAAAGAAAUGUUUUGUUCUAAUAGAAGAAAAAGAAACCAAAUGUCACUGUUGCUGCUGCUAUGACAACUCAUUUGUUCCACAUUUGUCGUCCUUGUUAGUGUCUGAUCUUCAACUUGUACUCCGGUGAUUCAAACUUAAACCUGCUUGCUGUUUUACUGAACAGAUAAAUAUACUGUAUAUUCACAGACACAUACUUGUAGUGGAGGUGAUGUGUUUAAUUUGGACUAUCAGAACGGGACUUUCAGUCUGGGGUGUAACAGGGGCAUAGCAAAGAAUUCAGCUUUGGAUGUGAGAUUGGUUUCAGAUCAAGGUUUCUGAAAAGGUUGGGUAAAUUGGAACAGUACGAAGUUUAAACACUGCUCUGUUGGUGCUUUAACUGGUUGUCAUUGACUCAAAUGAAUGGAGGUAAAUGGUACAUGGACUGUUAACUUCUGGAAGUGUCUCAAAUAUGUAAAGAUGUGAUAUAUUUUCCAUAAACCAAUAAACUGACUGAGCUUUA